UGAGCGCGCACAUCGUAAAAAAAGGUCUACUUCGAUAUCUUGCUGUAAAGAACGAUAAGUACCUUCGAAAGCGCACUUUUUUACGAAUGAACAAAAGCCGAAUCGACCUUUUAUUCUAGUAAUAAGUCUGCCCACCGUGCAGCUCUCGUUUCUGGUGUUUCUCACUUGGGAAAUUUUUACAAAAGAGAAAAUACAUAACUCUGUCUCUCUCUCUGUCAGCAAGGAAGAUUACGGCGGCCGUUGCGAGCGGCAUCUGGUCCACAGGACUACCAUGUCAUCGGAAAAAGAUUCCGUUGCAGGAGGGCGGGACGAGUCGCCCAGCUUGUUAGCGCAGCCCAUCACCGACAGUGGGAAGACGCAGUCUAGUAAUAUUGAUGCAAAAACUUCAUCUGGCAGCACACCUCCAGCCUCUGGAGCUUCUUCAAGAGCAGCUGGAACGUCUAGUACCAAGAAGGACAAUAAGCAGCUCAGAGCGUCACCGUCCACCGUUAGUACCACCUCCGUCCUCCGGGCAGAAACUGGAACUACGUCGAGAAAGAAUAAAACGGAGCGAGUACUGGCCAGCACGGCCUCGGUAAGUGGAACAACCGGGGGAGCCGAGAACAAUUACGGGGGAGCGGAAGAGCAACAAGAUGCUCCUGGUCGAGAGUCUGCUGCAGAGGCGAGGGCGCGUUUUCGAGGCUCGGUGGAGCAUUGGAGCGAUAUCGACCACGACGGCAGCGCCGAGAUGCUGCUACUGAACCAACAGUUUUCUUUGGACGACAGAAGUACCACAGGCACCAAUUUGCCGCCGAUCGCUAUCACCUCCCAAGUAGAGAGCGAGCCGCGAUCCAAGAAUAUAAUGCGCGCAACGCCGUCACUCUGGUCGGAUGUCACUAGUACACCAACCACAAAAAUGGCCGUAGCGGGGCCGCGCAAAAUGCGGGGGCUGUUGUCUCUGCACAGCGACCGGGGCGUUGCAGGCGGGGUGUCGGUGGCGACCACAGGAGUUGGUGGCUAUGAACGGACAAAAUACAAUUUGACCCCAGAGCGAGCAUAUAGUGUUUCACUCGGUGAGUGGCGAAAGCGCAAAUCUGUAUGCUGAAAAUGUUUCUCAUGCGCAGACCCAUGAAAAGCAGCUUCGAUUACUGUUUUGAGAUAUGUGAUGCUCCAAUCCGCAUGGUAUGUAGUGAGGUCACGAACGUUCUAACCUAGCGGUUUUUUUUGCCAUGUCUUAUGCAAAACGACCGGCAGUUUUCAAUCGGCCGGAGGUGUUUUCGGACAUAAAAGAUUUCCAUUUAUCAAUCGGGCGCGGCUUUGAUAUCAAACAAGCCCGAGCCAAUUCUAUCGAUUCCCGAUUGGCAAAAGGGGCGCCCUUCCGAGGCUCCCGGCGCACCUAUUUCCGUCGAUUUGGGCCGCCCAAAAGGGGGCGCCAAGAAAAUGCAAAGACGACAAAAACCUUGAAUCCGCAUGGUAUGGGCCCCAUUUUGGCCAACUUUUGGAGGGCGCAAAGCCGGCCGCCGAAGUCUGGCAUUUGUAACGCGGGGAACAGCCCGAAAAGUGCGACUGUUCAACAAAAAAAACCCAAAGAAGCAAACUCCGCAAAAAUCUGAGAGCCAAUCCGCAUGCUAUGGGCCCGAUUCGGGGCGCCCAUAGGGUCGGCCCUGGCGGAGGCCCUAGCGGGGCCAUAGCAUGCGGGGAAGGUUUCCGGACUUGGGAGACACAAAGGCGGAGGUCUGUAGCUGUGAGCUUUACCAGCCGCGACACCAUGCGGUCGAACAUUAUGCGCGACGGAAUACUCGAGGCAAAAAACGCGACUACGUUGCUCAUUAGUGAAAUGCGUGGGAACACCAGUAAGGCAAAUGGGGGCGGUCAGUCAAAAAAACCGCCUUGACCUCACUACCCCCGCUGAGGCGGCUAUUAUUGGCACGCUAGACCUGUGAUGCUGCUGCAGCACUAGCUAAGCACCACUACACUGAAAGCCCAAAUUUGUCAUGCGCAACAGCCGAAGCCUGGUGAUUUGUCUAGCAGAUUUCCCAUCUUGACUCCGGUGUGGGGACGUUUCUCCUCAGGAUACAACGGUGGCGACCACAGGAGGAGUUGGUGGCACGACCAGGACAACAUCAGCCGCGACGGCGAGGGGAGCUGUUUCCAAGGAUCGCGGUGGUCGGAAGAAAGACAGAGCGGCAGAAGAAAUAGCGUCUGACGGAGAUCACAAAAGCGGAGGUGCGGCGACCGGGAGUCCUACUAGUCCAGCGUCGACUCCUCGGGGCGAGAAAAAGAAGAACAAAGAAAAGCACAAGAAGGAGACACACAAAGACAAGAGGCGCGUCGAGGUUGGAGGCGAGCCGGAUGGUCCUCGCGCAGGGCGGAAAAGUCCGCAGAUAGUAAGCGACGCGGAAGUACUUGUGGAUCAUCAUGAUGAACUACAUGUUGAUCAAGGUGUCUUCACAACAUUUGGAGAUCAUGAGAACAAGUCGGGCGAGGAAAGCCGGCACGGUCAGGGACUCGACUUGGCGAAGGUGAAGGUCAUGGGGAUGAUGAGUACUUUGAAAAGGGGAUUUGUCAAGCGCCUGCACAUCCGGGACUCCCUCGCGCGGGGCUCGGACUUGAGUACCGCGAGCCAGCGCCAGGAGAGGGAGGAAGCGGAUCACCGCAACCGGUUUUUCCAAAACUUGCUACGAACCCGCCACCACUACGACAUGGAUCUCUUCGACCAUGGGCAGCUCGGAGCAGUCGGAGCAGGUGGACGGGACCCCCGCCAGCUGGGCCCCCGGGCUUUGUCGGCGUCCUCUGGAGCGUCCAGUCAGAAAGACUCCACGACCGUCGGAGCAGGGCGUCACUCUCAACAGCAGCACACUUCAUCCACGACCACCCGGCAGCAGCUCUACAAUGCUGGUGGGUCGUUUUCACCCGGGGAACUGCGCCGCGACCAUCAUGGGGAGUCUCCGUUGGACCUCCAUGGAGGUGGCGAUGUGGAAGGUAUGGCCGCCCGCGGUGACCUGCUGGACGACGAGGACGUUGCAGCGGCCGCGCAACUCCUGCAGGCCCGGCAGAACCGCCGGGCAACAACCUGGUCCCGGGCUUACAUCUUCUUUGUCCGCCACUUGUCGCCCGGGCGCUUGCCCCUGCUGUACAUGCUUCGUUUUUACGCGGUGUACAACAUUUUCGCGGUGAUUUUCUGCGACACCCUCCUGCUCAUCUGCCCCGUGUCGCCCAAGGCGGAGCUGAACACAUUGAACACCAUCCGGGACACCUCGCGCCGAAUCAGCUGCAUGAUAUCCUGUGCAAAAGUAUCGUACUCAUAUAAAUGCAAGUCUUGCAUUGCAAAUCUUGUUCCCAAGGCAAAUCUGCAUUACAAAUCUUAUUUCUCAUCAUGCUGAGGAAAUUUGUAAUGCAUUUAUACGAGUGCGAUACCAUACUUUUGCAAGUCAUACAUGACCUGCGGCGACGAUUACAGUCAGACGACAGAACAAGCAGGAGGUGUGGUCUCAUCACCAUCUACUCUUGGCCAAGCUAGUACAGCUAGUGCACCUCCUACUGCUGCUGCCGCUACAUCCACCGCAAGAACUACAGCGACCUCGGGUGAAGCGCCGGAUCCUGACGUGAACAAAGGCCCCUCUAGUUCUUCAUCCUUCGCGACAACAAGAACCACAUCAAGAGCCUACAAUUCUUUGCAGGAUGAAAAAAGAAUAAGAAACACUGAAGACAACAACUUUGACGCGGCAACCGACGAGGAAGAGGAUCAAGUCACCACGGCAAUGGAACUAGAUUACAACGGGGACCCGAUUAUUAUGGCGUAGUUCUCAAACGUUACAUUCUCAACUGUUACACGAUUUGACAUGCAAAAUCAAGAUCAACAUCCACAGGGUGAAGCGACUUCGCAUGACAAAUUCCCGGAGGGCUAAACAGCAUUUAAAAAAAUCUGUGCGGAACUUGUAAUGCUAGAGGUGCAAUUGUCCCCCUUUGAUUUUUGCUAUUCUUGCAUUGCAAAUUCAUGUAACAGUUGAGAGUGUAACGAUUGAGAGUCUCAUAAUUAUCUCAACGAGGAGGAGAUCAGCACCACCUCCCAGAAGAUCGUCCUCUUUCCUCCUGUCGUCCGAUGAGACAAAGACGAAUGGAGCAGCUGCUGCUUCUACUGCUGAUGGCGCAACUAUUCGGGGAAAUGAAAUUCUUCGCCCAAAAGCGUUCGCUUCGUCUAGUACUACUGGAGCGGGGGACACCGGUGCUGGUACAGCAACUUCAAGCGAUCAUCUCGAGGACCAAAGUAAGGCCGCGGCGGGGGCGUCUAUUUCGCUACUCUCCACGACAAACAAACAUCAAGGUCAAGCUGCAAAUAAGGGAGCCGAAACUACUGCCACCAAAGAUUCGGCUGCGGUUUCAAGAUCUGAAAGUGUUUCGGGUGAACAAGAUGAAGUCGAACAUGAAGGGCAGGAGCAGGAGCAGGGUGCAAACGAAAUUACAUCUGCCAGCGGAUUGGAAUCGUUCUGGAAACAAGUGACGGCCGAUGAGUUGAAAAACGAGGAUAUGUGGAAGCGGUACCAGUUCUACGUGAAGGAGCUCGAGCACCACACAGGUUUGAUUCACCAUUGCCGCUGGAUGACGGUAUGCCUUGCAAAAACAUCGCACUCGUAAGUGAAUGCGAUACUGCAUCAUGACAGACGUGUUAUGCUACCUGGUCAUACUUGAGAAAUUACAUUUUUGCUUCAUCUGAGAGGAUUUCUCAUGCAAUGAAUGUUCAUGUUGAAGUUUUGAUUAUAAGUAAAUGGAUGCGAAUUAUGCGAUACAAUUUUGCAAUGCAUAGAGGGGAUUCAGCUGCUACCUGCCCGAAGCGGCGAGCAGUGAGCAAGCGUUCGCUAUCGAGGGCGCGAACUGCCUGCUCGGCCCGCUCCGCUGGGCGAGUCUCGCCGCGCCCCAGUUCGCGCUGAUGAUUACCGCCAUCAUGUCUCUGGGGGAAAUGCAGUGCUCGGACGGGUACAUAUCCAGGAAAAAACACCCAUCCCCAUCCAAUUUGUCAUGCAAAACAUGCAUAAAAUCCACUAUUUGUCCUGGACAAGAUGGAUGGGGAUGGGUGUUUUUUCCUGGAUACUACAUCGCGAUCAGCUACAAGUCGAUGUGGCACCCGUUUUCCGCGCACGACGCGAUUCCCCUGCUGCCCUACAAUCUGAUGCAGUCCUUCUUUGUGCUGGCGCUGACCGGGAUAUCCCCUGAAAAUUAACCAUCCCCAUCCACGCUGUGCAUGACAAACACGUGAUUUUAUGUAUGUUUUGCAUGACAAAGUGGAUGGGGAUGGUUAAUUUUCAGGGAAUAUGGGAGAAUGUUUGGUCUGGUGUUCGAUGUCUUGCGGAUGCAGGACACGGAGACGAAGAUGCGGGAGCUCCAAGACCACCCGGACGGCGUCCACUUCGAGGACUUUGCGAAGCACCAAAAAAUAAUGCGGUCCAUCUUCGAGGGCCAUCCCGUGUUCCAAAUUUCGGGCAGUGUCUGCCAGGUGCUUUUCUUAGCCUACUUUCUGCUAUGAGAUUGCACGACAACUUCCCUACCCCCUCCCCCUCAUUUGUAUUGCAUGAACAGCAGUACAAACGCCAGCGACCUUGGAGCUUGUGCGUGACAAACUUAUGUACCUACUGUAGUACUAUUUGGGCUCUCGAAACUUGUCAUGCAAACAGUGCCACAAGGCAGUGGCUGGAUUUGGGAUUUUGCAUGACAAAUGAGGGGGGAGGGGGGAGUUGUGCACUCUCAUAUCUGCUCGCGUUGCGGGCGGAGAAGCUGCGGGUGUGGGAGUUGGCGGACAUGUCGUCGAGCGACGAGGACGAGGAGGUGCUCGAUGAGAACGAGUUUUUGGAGCACAUGUCGCUGUUGAAGAAAAACCAGCCGCGUCUGCAGCGGCAGCACGCAAACAAGCGCGACACCUUGACGCUGCAAAGCCUGGCAUCGACGACGACCUCCACGGUGUCGGUUGCAGGAGUAGUGCCAGGAGCAGCUGGAAGUGUCCUGGUUGCAGCAGGAGCAGCAGCUCGGGAAGGCAGUAGUGCGAAAGAAUCAGCUCCACCGACAGGCGCUGCUUCCACGACCGCGUCAUUGCCAACGCAACAGAAAAGGAUGGGGUUCGCAGGUGUGGUAAGGCCGGAAGGAGAACAAGCAGUGGCAGAAGACGGAGAACAGGUCAGGAUGGUGCAAUAGACACUUCUUGACAAAUGCUUUUACAACUUUUGUGAAAGUUAUUCUUGUUUUUCGAGAAUCAUCUCCUGGGUCAUGUAGUGUGGACGACGGGAAGACUUGUAGAAUAAUGAAGAACAGGAAGAAAUGUCAUUACCAACCUCAGCGCCGCUGUUAUACUUUUUGUUGUCAAUAUGCCGGCUGAGUCUUCAAUUUUUCAAUGCUGAUCAAAGUUUCAAAAACAUUGCGUCUACAUUCGGCAGUUCUACUUGUUCAAUCUUGUUUCCAUACAAGCACUCGCACACGACGUCGUGGACAAUAAGAAAACGCCUUGUACGAUAUCCAGACGAAGGACAAGAACGACAGAAAAUAAAGAU